AUGGAUUUUGUAAGUUGUGCACUGCUCAUUCUGUUGACGUGCGCCACCAUUCAUGUUCUUUGUUCAUUCCUUGUAAGAAGCAGAAAACCAAACUACAAGCUUCCACCAGGACCUUCCCCUCUUCCCAUUGUAGGAAACCUACUUGAACUGGGUCACAAGCCUCACGAGUCGUUGGCCAAGCUUGCUAAGAUUCACGGCCCUGUAAUGAGCUUAAAGCUAGGCCAAAUAACCACUGUAGUUGUCUCUUCAGCUGAGAUGGCCAAAGAGGUGCUCCUAACCCAUGAUCACUCCUUGUCAAAUAGGACCAUCCCUCAGUCAGUCUCAGUUCUAAACCACGAGAACUAUAGCUUGGCCUUCAUUCCCGUUUCCCCACUUUGGCGAGACCUGAGGAAAAUAUGCAAUGGUCAGUUAUUUUCACACAAAACUCUUGAUGCCAGCCAAGAUGUUAGACGUAAGAAAGUGCAACAGCUCCUCACUGAAAUCCACCAAAGCAGCCAAAUUGGUGAAGCAGUGGACAUUGGAACAGCAGUUUUCAAGACCACCAUCAAUUUACUAUCAAACACCAUUUUCUCUGUGGAUUUGGUUCACUCUGCUGGUACAGCAGGUGAGUUCAAGGACUUAGUGACGAAUAUCACAAAACUGGUUGGAACACCAAACUUGGCGGAUUAUUUUCCUGUUCUGAAGAUGUUUGAUCCACAAGGCAUCAAAAGACAUCAGGCCAAGAACGUUGAGAAGGUGUUGCACAUUUUCGACCGCUUGGUUAACCAACGUUUGAAGCAUAGGGAAGACACAAAUGUUGAUAGCCACAGGGACAUGUUAGACGCCCUUCUCAAUAUUUCUCAAGAGAACAAGAUGAUGGACAAAACAAUGAUUGAGCACUUGUCACAUGAUCUGUUUGUUGCGGGAACGGAUACGACAACAUCUACACUAGAAUGGGCAAUGACUGAGUUAAUACGCAAUCCAGAGGUUAUGUCAAAAGCAAUAAAGGAACUCGAGCUAACCAUUGGCAGAGGCAACCCUGUUGAGGAAUCAGACAUUGCUAGACUCCCUUACUUGCAAGCUAUAAUAAAAGAGACCUUUCGCUUGCACCCGCCAGUUCCAUUUUUACUGCCUCGAAAAGCUGAGAGAGAUGUGAACGUAUGUGGCUACACCAUCCCAAAGGAUGCACAAGUGCUAGUUAAUGUGUGGACUAUUGCCAGGGAUCCAACCAUUUGGGACAAUCCAGAAUUGUUUUAUCCGGAGAGGUUCCUAGGAUCAAACAUUGAUGUGAAAGGCCAGAAUUUUGAGCUUGCACCCUUUGGUUCUGGGAGGCGAAUAUGCCCCGGCAUGCUGUUGGCAAUGAGGAUGUUGCUCUUGAUGUUGGGUUCAUUGCUCAGUUCCUUUAAUUGGAAACUUGAAGAUGGCAUGAAAGUAGAGGAUAUGGACAUGGAUGAUAAAUUUGGUAUCACCUUACAAAAGGCUCAACCCUUGCGAGUUGUUCCAGUGAAAAUAAGCAAUUAA